AUGGAUGAUCAGAAAAAUGAAGAGGGUCAUAGUGCCUACCGUACUGGAGGGUUUCAUCCUGUUUACAUCGAUGACAUUUUCAAUGACCACUAUAUUGUCUGUAACAAGCUCGGCUAUGGUGCCUAUUCCACAGUUUGGUUGGCGCGGGACACCAACCGUGAACACGGCCACGAACACCAGUAUGUCGCCCUUAAAGUGUUAAGUGGCGAGUGCUAUUAUACAGAUGUGGAUAUAUUCGAGCGAGAAAUCCUAAGGCACCUUCGCGACAAUGGCAAGCCCACUAUGCCAGGCUACCCUUUUAUCUGCCAUCUGCUAGACGACUUUGAAAUCACAGGCCCCUACGGAAAGCACGUCUGUCUUGUAUUUCCUCUGAUGGGAGAGACACUGCGUAGCUUUGGAGCGUUGUUCCAACGAUCUCUUGUGCCAUAUGUUACUAUGCGCCGGUUUACUAUUGAGAUUGCCCUAGCGCUUCAUUAUGCCCAUAACCAAGGCGUUAUACACACAGAUAUUCAACCAAACAACAUAUUUGUCCAGAUUCGCGACCGUACUCUGGUGGAACGCUACUUGCAAGAGCAAAAGCCGCCAGACCAAGACCGGGAAGUCCCUUACAGGCCUAUACCCUCGUGCCCGCUGCAAAAUUACUAUUUCACAAGGCAUGAAAGUGAUAGCAUCAACGGUUUUAGCGUAGUCUUAGGAGAUUGGGGCGUGGCGAGCUGGAAAACCAAGCACUUGAGUGAGAAUAUUCAGCCAGUAGCCCUUCGAGCACCAGAGGUGCUCAUCAAAGCCCCCUGGGACGAGACAACUGACUGGUGGAAUCUCGGUGCCGUCGUCUUGGAAGUCUAUUGCGCCAUUCGCAUGUUCUCCGGAAUGGUUAGCAAGCCUGCAGAAAAGUCAAGUCACUAUGAUGUUCGGAUGCAUCUUGCUGAGAUGGUCGACUUUUUUGGACCAUUCCCAAGAACACUCCUCGCUAAAGGGGACCCGAAGUUGGUCAAGGAUGUCUUUAGUGAAGAUGGCACAGUAUCUGCCUUCCCACAACUUCGUCGGCCGGAGUUGGCCUCUGAGGAGAUCAUGGAGGGGCUAAACCAGGAAGCCCGGGAGGAAUUUGCGUCGUUUUUACGAUUUGUAAUGAAACUGGAUCCCAGCCAGCGGCCAGAUGCUGAACAAAUCCUGAGACACCCUUGGCUCGACGCAUUGCGAGAUAAAACGCAGAUGAACCCUGCUGUGGCAGCGCAAACGGCCACCCCACCAGUGAAACCCCGAAGCUACACCACUGAUACUGGAAAGUCGCUGUGGAGGCGCCUCACACCAACCUUCUUCCUUGGUGCCACGAUAGUCCAGUUGGCCGUUUUCCAAUGGCCCUGGCGGUGGACCUUGUCAGGAGCGCCAGUUCUGACUCUCUUCCUGCUGCAUGGAGAUAACAGCGGCAACCGCGUCUUGCCCUUUUGUCACAUAUGGACACUGUUUACCACAGUCAACCUGGCGUACGCCGUCGCCUCGACAUCGUGGCUGCUGUACUGGGUUUUUGCAGCCCUCUGCUACCCAGCCAUCUACAUCACCUGCCUCUUCCAAUACAGAACCGUUGGUAACACGACGAGAUGGAUUCUGCGAGGAUUCUUGAAGCAGCUGCAUUUCGUUGACGACAAGAUUGCGCUGUUUGACAUUCCGGCGCUGGAAAUCGACACAGAAGUCGAUGGUCUUCUGGUGCUGCGUGGCAUCUCUCUUUCUUUGUCGACACUGAGCUUCACCGUCCACGGUGUCGAGGUCGGCAUCAAGCUUUCCAAUGACUUGGAACUUGCCAUUCAGACUGAGCGCGUCACUGUCUCGAUGUUUCGAAGCAUUGAAGUUGACGAUUGCUUUGCGAAUAUCAAGGGCGGGAAACAACCGCUGACGUUGGGGCAAUCUCGAUCAAUGUCAAUGGACGAAGGAGCCUCUAGCAUCGGUGCCGUUACGGACAGAAACAUGCCUCAAGUGUCCGAGACCAAGGCAAAAAUGACGGCCGGUAAUCCCCCACAGGACUCGUCCAAUGCUGCGGCAUACAAGGCCAUCAAGAAGCAGCCACUACACAGCGACAUUGCCGUCCAACGAUAUCACAGCACUCUCGAAUUACUCGACGCCAGCAACACUAUCAGCCAAGCAAGAGCAGAUUUGCGACAGCGUCUGACCUCGACCGCGAGCACUGAUCAUCCCGAUGAAUCCGCACUCCGGGCAGCAAUCUGCUCACAGCUUCAUUCGAAACCAUCUGUGCCCAAUCCGCCGCAGCGAUCCGUCAAAGUCACUGCACUGCGUGAGUUAUCAUCUCCAAGAAUGCGGCGCUUUAUGCACCGCCUCCCGAUGCUUUUGCGCCUGCUCCUCAACCCGCUUUCGUACUUUCAUCCCGUCACCAUACGCUCGACGACUGUGACGGCAUCGGGAGACUGGAUCAAAUCGCUCUUGGUGCAAAAGGUUUUCAAGCGCUACGAUAGUUCGGAGAUGGAAUUGGAGCGCUUGCAAGAAAGCGUCUCGUCUUGGGUCACAGACGCCCACUUCACCCUCGGACUGGGAUCAAUGACUGGCCACGCGCACGUCCCGCUCAUUUCUACUUUCAGCAUUCUCUGCCGCAUGGAAUUUGACGGUGUCGUGGCUCAUCGAGCACUGAAGGAGUCGAGCAUCUAUGAGAUUUUGAAACUGCGCGGCGUGGAUGCCAGUUUUGUCGUGCCGACGUUCCUUCUCCCUCAUCACGAGCACAUCAUCCCCGACAAGAUCAACUCGGAGGCUGACUCUGCGAAGUGCGGAGCCCCCGUUGUUGCCAACGAUGAGACGGAAAGCGAUACAACGACUGUGAAGAUGGCUGUGCGAGGUCAUCUCCCGGCCACACUCGACCAAGAUCUUCUCAACUUCAUCGCACUAAUAGUCAAGCAUAGCAAACUUUUGGAACUGGACCAGUCACCGAGUCCGAUGGAUGACGAUGUGAAAGGCUUUGGUGAAUUUACCGACGCCAUCAAUACCAAGGUCAAGGCCAGUGUCAAAAAGGCAGUUAUGGGCGGUGAUCAGUGGCUUGCAAAGCUGGCUGGAAAGGCACUCAAGAAGCUGGAAGUGGUUGAUGGGGAUAUAGGGUACAGUGGGGGUAUUCCCGUGGACUUGAACAAGUACAGACUGACAGGUUGGCAAGAGGUAGAGGGCGAGAAGCUAUUGCCAUGA